AUGGCUCAGAACGUAUCCACGACAGUCGGUAGAUUGCUGCCUGGAAAGGUUGGCAAGAGUCGACGGAGUUGUUGGGAGCUUCCCGCAAACCUUCGGGAGACGUACGACAGAGAUAUAUCGUCCCACAUACGUGGCUCAUUCCGCAACCAAGAGACUACUCAAUUUCGAGAUAUAGCCUGGUCACCCUUUAUGGUUGGACUUGUAGCUUCUAUCGCUGAGCCCACAGUCGUUAUCUUCCGAGGUCAAGACCGAAAAGCGCGAAGAGAUGCUUGUGACUUAGUAAGAGACAUACGAGAAAUUGCUGCUAAUGGGUUUCGAGUGAAGCACAACAAGACCUCGCCAAAUACGGAAGGAUUGGUUGUAGUGCUUGCGCUCAGGGAUGAUGAUUUUGACUAUCAGCGCAGAUUUCAGGGUCUGCCAGUGCUCCAUAAAGCAUGGGCACCCAUUUGCGGACAAUCUUUGUGGAUUAACCUCAAGGUAGACGAGGGUCGGGAGUCUUUGCAAAAAGCGACUGGAGGUGGUAUCAUUCGCUCAAAUGAUAAGUACUAUUACCUUACUGUUGCUCAUAUCAUCGACAAUAGUAUUUUGGCCGGUCUUCAGACACGGGAUUCAGACAGCGAGAACAGUGAUAGUGAAGACAGUGAUGAUGAUUCUGUUCAUUCAGAAGUCGAUGCGGAACUAACAAGCCGUGGAAGUAUUACACCAGAGCUUAUGAAAUCCAAUCAAGAUUCGUCAUCUGGGGAGAGUACACAACAGGUCUUGUCUUCUAGUCUGACGAGGUCAGAAGAGAUUUCAACCGAUAUUAUCGAUCGCGGAAGCACAUCGAUGUCAAGUUCCUCGAAACAAUCAGAUCUAUUCCAUUUGGGAAAGACAGCAUUCUCAUCUGUGGAUGGAGGGUUUCCCAGCCUUGACUACAUGCUCAUUGAGAUAAGUCAACCCACUCUCCAGAAGUCGAACAGGAUUCCACUUCGCGAUUCUGAGGAUGGCAAAUUUCUGUAUCCAGAGCGCAUCGUCAAUGGACUUUUUUUUGAGGAUGCCUCUAUCAUCAUUGUUACUGGGUCAGGUGGCUUCAAGAGGGGUUUCAUUUCAGGAACUGCAACCCAUGUGGUUCAGGACAAUAACCACAUUCAAGAACUUUGGUCCAUCAGGAUUGCUGGUACAUUCGAAAAAGGCGACUGCGGCUCAUGGGUAGUUGACGCCACGACGGGCGACUUGUAUGGUCAUCUAGUUGCAGGAGAACUAGAGUCAGGCUUCGGGUAUCUGAUACCUGCUUAUCUCAUCUUUGACGACAUAUGGGCUAAUGACAAUCCGAAUUUCACAUUAUCUUCCCGACCACCCCCUUACGAAGCAACGGUUUCGAAGGCAGAUGUCGUUGCUCGCGCGUAUAAGUGGAACGAGUUCUGGCCACCGGGGACAAGGGUCGUGCCCCUUUCAAUGGCUGAUUUUGAAGGUGGCUUUCAAAUUCAAAGCUCAAGAACAGUCAGUUAUAAGCGUCUCGAGACCCCUGGUUCCAUUCGUUUGCUGUCUUUAAAAGCAGCUUCCGACUACAGUGUCGACAUUGAGUGCACAUUAGACGCGAAACUCAUCACUUCAGAGUCAUUUGAAGCUGUCUCCUGGAUUUGGAGUGUAACAGCAUCGACUGAACCAUUAAGGAUUUCCAAUAGCGGUAAAGUAGAGACAAUCUUCGUAAGCGCCGAGCUCAUCAUGUUACUCAAAUCCUUGCGUCAUCGAUCGGACGAAAGAACGCUAUGGAUUGACUAUCUUUGCAUCAACCAGGCAGACUAUGAGGAAAAAACUUCGCAAGUAGAUCUCAUGCCAGAGAUUUUUAAGUCUGCUUCAAAUGUUUGUGUGUGGUUAGGCGCAGCCGAUGAGGAUAGCGACCGCGCAAUGAGAUUUGUGCCGCAAAUGUUAACCUUGUUUAUGGAUGACAACGAUGCGAAAUUUGACGCCAAAAAUUGGCGUUCAUUGGUGGCCUUGAUGAAUCGUCCGUGGUUUUGGAGACGAUGGGUGGUUCAGGAAUUGGCCUUAGCUCGAGAGGCAAUAAUAUAUUGCGGAACGCAGAGCUUACGCUUUCGUGACCUUCAGAUCGCCAUUGACCUAUUUUCUGAGAUCGAAAACGCUACAAACCGCUUGAGUGAUAUCCUGGACACCCAGGCAAAACCUAAGGAGGAUAUGUUCGACCCACUCAUAGACGUGCACCAAUUUCCAGCCGUCAAACUCAUUGAGAUAUUGUCUAGGUCAAUCAGGAGGACUGGAGAUGGGAGUAUUGUCCGGAUGACAUCGUUAGUGGAUCUAGUCGUGUCUUUUGCCAUGUCUCAUGAGGUUUCAACGCCCUCGGAUACAAUUUAUUCAUUGCUCGGUUUGGCGGCGGACGGCAAAGAUUUCUCAGCCGCACACACAAUUGAUUACAGCAAGCAGCCAGUGGAAGUCUUCAUUGAUUUCAUCCAGCACUCUAUGCAGCACCUUGACCCAGCAAGGGCUCUAGAUGUGAUGUUGAUGCCGUGGGCACCUUUACAAAAGGAUAGCCGAGAGGACUUACGUUACCCUUCUUGGAUAAGGGAUGUGUCUCACUUCACGUUUGGGAAGCAACAAAGCCCUUCAGGACAAGGUUCUUAUUUGAGACGGAUUAACGCAGAGCCAUUAGUUGGAGGUCCGCGGCACGUCUUCUACAGCGCCGGUACGCGUCAUGCAGCCAGUGCCUCAUUCGUCGACGGGCGCCAUAGGAAAAGUGUGCUUGCUGCUGGAAUACUGGUCGACGAAAUCGAAGAGCUUGAGGAGCCUGCGUACUCUGGAUACCUGCCAAUAGAAUGGCUCAAGACAGGGGCUGGCGCUCGCGGGAGUCGUAUGUUCCAGAGGUCUUUUGGCGCACCCUUGUUGGUGAUCGAGGCCCUAACGGUCGGAAUCCACCUUCUUACUAUGAAAGUGCUGCAAGCUUUGGGCACAGGACCACAUACUAAAGCUUUUCCUACGGAGAGUACGUAG